AUGAAGGCAAUCGAGGCCUUUGUCGAUGGGCUCAACAUCCUCUCCGUCAUCGUCCUCUACUCGUUGUUAUGGCUCAUCACCCCAAAGAUGCCGAACCCGGACCCCUCGGGGCCAAAGACCAACAAGCUCUACGAUGUGCUGAUGCGGGUCUCAUACAUCAUCAUCUUCCUCCUCGGCUGGAUUUGGUGCAGCAACGUCAUGGCCCACGUCGACAAGCCGUAUCUGGACGAGGUCUUCCACAUCCCCCAAGCUCAGAAGUUCUGCGACGGACGAUGGGACGAGUGGGAUGACAAAAUCACCACCCCUCCCGGCCUGUACAUACUCUCCAAGUACUACCUCCAGAUCAUGAUGCGGCCCGAGUGCUCCGUCCUCGACCUCCGCGGCGUCAACAUCCUCGCCGUCCUGGGCGUCGGCAUCCUCGCAACCCACUGCCGCCACCUCCUCGAGACCCGCCGCCCCGACGCCGCGUCCCCGGCCCCGCCCGCCGUGCUCUCCUUCCACGCCGUCCACCUCGGCUGGAACGUCGCCCUCUUCCCCGUGCUCUUCUUCUUCUCGGGCCUGUACUACACCGACGUCGUCUCCACGCUGUCCGUGCUGGUGGCCUACUACCACCACCUGCGCCGCGUGCGCGAGGAGACGAGCUCGUUCCUCAGCGACUGGACCACCGUCGUCGUCGGCGUCCUCGCCCUCCUCAUGAGACAGACCAACGUCUUCUGGGUCGUCGUGUACAUGGGCGGCCUGGAGGCUGUCGCUGCCGUCAAGGCCCUGCGUCCCGAGCCCGUGGCCAGGCCGAUCAUGUCGACCCUGGGCGACUACGUCAGGUUCUACGCCUGGCGAUACUCGGUGGGGGAUGUCCACGAUCCGCCCCUCAACACCGCGUGGCCAGACGACUUGUUCUUCUCCGCCUUGAGCAUCGGCAUCGCAGCCUUGGCGAACCCGCUCCGCGUCCUGAAGAAGGUCUACCCGCACAUCACCGUCAUGGCCCUCUUCGCCGGCUUCGUGGCCUGGAACGGUGGCGUAGUAUUGGGUGACAAGUCCAACCACGUCGCGACGCUGCAUCUCGCCCAGAUGCUCUACAUCUGGCCCCUCUUCGCCUUCUUCUCCUUCCCGCUCUUCCUCCCCUCCGCCAUCGGCCUUCUCCGCUUCCUCCGCGGCGUCUUCGCUGCGGCCUCCGGGAAGAACGCUGCCAGUCCCGCAGAGCCCAGCCCCUCGACGCCGUCCCGCAAGCACACGCUGCCCGAGUCCGCCCAGACCGGCUCAUCCAAGAAGCAAAAGACCCGAGCCCAAGAUGAGCCGGGCCUACAGAUCGCCAGCGCCCCCACGGCAUCAUCACCGUUCGUCAACGCCCUCCAGACACUGUUCUCAUCUAAGCUCUACCAUCUGCUGCUCACCCCGUCCCUCAUCGUCCUGACCCUCGCCGUCAUCCGCUUGAACACCAUUAUCCACCCCUUCACCCUCGCCGACAACAGACACUACAUGUUCUACGUCUUCCGGUACACCAUCCGGCGCCCGGGCCUGUUCCGUUACUACCUCGUUGUUCCCUACACCCUCGCCCGCUGGCUCUGCUGGGAUACGCUCGGCGGCUGCGGCCAGGGCGGGCUCCUUUCGGACCACACGGGAGACUGCUCGGGUCGCUACACGGCCUCGCGUCCCGGCCCGUUCGAGAACAGCCCCUUCGGCAACCCAGCUCAACGUGCGCGUGCCGAGAAGCCACCGGCGACGGAACCCCUAGAUGAGGCCCUCGGAGAGCAGCCCGCCCGGUCCGGCGACGCCGCCGCCGACGACGCCAACGACUCAAAGGCGGCAAAGGCACGCUACGACCCUUUCGCCAUCGUCACCCUCGCCGACCCAGCGUCGCAGAGCACCGAGCCCCCGGCCUCGUCGACCGCCGUCCUGCUCCUCCUCGCCACGACGCUGUCCCUGAUGACGGCGCCCCUCGUCGAGCCGCGCUAUUUCAUCCUCCCCUGGGUCUUCUGGCGCAUCCUCGUCCCGGCCUGGCGGCUCCACGGCCACGGCCACGCUGCCGCCGCACAUCCCGCCCUGGCCCGGCUCGAGCGCCUCCCGGUGCUCGGGUCCCUGGCCCGGUUCGGGAAAAGGUUCGACGUCCGGCUCGUCCUCGAGACGCUGUGGUUCGUGCUGGUCAACGUGGUCACCAUGUACAUCUUCCUCGCCAAGCCGUACCUGUGGAGAUCCGAGGACGGCAGGGUCUUGGAGAAUGGCAGGAUGCAGCGCUUCAUGUGGUGA